AUGACUGUCGAUAUCCUCUUGUGGCUGCGCCAGGUCGACGAUACUGCAGACCCUCACGAGCUCGACCCAGCGAAACCACCAAAAGCGACACGAUCGACUCGCAAGCGAAAGCGCAGCUACAACUUGACCAGUUCCGAUCAUUUACCAAUGUUCGAACCUAUGGAGAAUAAGUUUGUGCAUCCGAAAUCACCUCCAGACUCUCCUAAAUUCUCCAAAGCAGCUGCCGAAAAGGCACCAACAAAGAAGCGAAAGACAACGAAGGGUGCAGUCCCAAAUCCAAGUCCAGACAAUGCGCAAUUCGACGAUGAAGGCGAACAAGAAAAGGCUCCCAGGCCUCUACGGAGCGUCCAUCCACCCAGCGAUACAUCAUCAAAGUCCUCAACGAGCGGUCGAUCUGGUGCUUCGUCGCCUCGAAAGCAAUUAGCAGCCAUGGCAUUAUCCUCACACGGCCUCGAAACGCGCGCCAUGUCUGAUCCGUCCGGUCUUCCCCCAAGCCUGGCAGCUAUGCGAACGAAGUUAUUACAAUUCAGUCGUGGAAGAGGAAUUCUUGGGGAGAAUGGGCUGGACAAUAUACAAGAUGAAACAGCUGCGAGGGCGUUACAUCCGGACAUGGCUGCUUUGUACGAGGAUAAAGAAUUCUGCUGCUCUGCGAGUUGCGACGAAUUGGGGAUUACACCGAGUCCCGAGGAUGUGGUGUAUAUUCUUGAAUGCGCGGGUGAUUGUCUUCGCAUGGGUAGGUCUGAAGUAGCGUGGAAUCAUGAAGUUCACUUCCCUCUGCUGUGCUUGGCGCUUCGGGAUCGAUCAAAGCGUGCGUUCCAACGGCAUGUCAAUGUGGCUUCUUGUUCAUCUGCAUCCAUCAUCCCCGACUACCGCAUCCGCUUCGCGCCUGACAAAAAGAUCGACUUUUGCGUCUAUCUCGAUCCUCACCACGAUCCGAACGAUACAAGCAUUUCCAGCACCGUCGACACCGUUCGCGCGCGUCUUCCAGCGCUAUCAAUAAACCCAACCGAUGACUUGUCACUGUUGAGCAAUCCAAUUGCCAUUCCCAUCGAGACUAAGCGUCCCGGCGAAGGCAUGGACACUGCCAAUCUCCAAGUCGCGACGUUUUUAACAGCACAUUUGACGCUGCUUCAGCGACUCGUUGACGCUGGUGCUUCUGCACCUGUUGACGAUGGAGGGAGGACGCCUUCGGUUGAUGAUCUGGGCUUCUUGCCUGGGUUGAUCGUGCAGGGAAAUACGUGGACCUUUAUCGCAGCAAGUCGUCAAGACUCUCGAACCGUGAUCUGGUCAGAGACCUCACUCGGUUCGACGGGCAACAUAUUCGGUAUCUACCAAAUCGUCGCGUCUUUGCAAUUACUGCGCCAAUGGAUUAAUACCACAUACUGGCCCUGGCUACGACGCGUUACACAAAGAGCUGCUACAGCGAUUCAAUUACAAGAUGACCCAGCCGGAUGA